AUGCACACAAAAUUACCAUCCCUACCAAACUUGCCUAAUAAGAAUAAGCAAUUUUACAACAAAUGGUAUAUACCUUAUGAUUUGAGAUAUGUGUAAAAGCCUGACCUUCAAAAGGAGAAUUUUGAAGGUAUUUUUACAAACUAAUGAAGAUGAUAUGCAUUUUUAUAAGAAUAUCCAUAGCAUCAAUGUACAAUAUAAUCCAUUUGAUGAAAAAUUACCUGAAGUUUUAAUCAAAAACAUAGGAUAUCGAGAAAGAACUGAAACUGUUAAGGAUUUUUUGAAAGGUUAGAGAUAAAUUAUUGAAUUCAAAAAGUAACAAUCUUUUAAUAAGAAUAACUUAGAAGUUUAGAAAGGGAAAAAUAGAGAGUCCCCGAAUUUAUCAAAUAGCUUUUGGAAAGUGAAUAAGGCCAUAAGAAGCAUAAGUAGUUUAAAUAGUUAUGA